GGUAGAUUUUUUCCCGUGCGAGUUGAUGCUGCUAACAACAAGCUGUGUUUUUGCUGAAUGUGUUGAAAUUAAUACUUUCAAGAAACAUUUUCGAUGGCCAUUGAUCUAAACAAAUAAUGCGUGUUCUUUUUCCGGUGGGUGAGGAGAUGAUAACUAAACAAAAUGUCGGAAAAAAAUAACUUGAAUGCAAGCCAUUUCUGUACAACAGAGGACGCAUUUGAGAAAUUUCAAGCUGAAUCUAUGUAUGAAGAGGAUGAAUUCAUUACUCUGUCGGAUAUUGUACCGUCACAAAAUCAAGCGCCAGAUCUCAUGAGCGAAAUUUGUGACAUUCCCUACGAAGAUGAGGUUGUUUUGGAAUCAAUCUGUGAAGAGCAAGUGCACGAAGUAAACAGUACCAAUGAAUCUGGAUUUGACGAAAAUAAAAUGUCUGGGCCUUGCGACCAGCCGUACUCUACUAGCGAAGUUAUUGCUGCAGGUCAGGUAGGAAUUGCAGAGCCAGGUCAUAACGAUUUUUCAGAUGCAGGUCAUGUUGAUGUUUUAGAAGCAGGUCUUGUUGUCACUUCAGAGGUUAGUCACUAUGAGGAGGUAACAGCUGAGCUCUCUGCCGAAACUGGCAAUAACGAAUCUGGUUAUAGAGAAGUGACAGAAGAAACUGUUAAACCUAGAUCAAGAAGGGGUAGGAAAAAAAAAUGUUUAGAUUCUUCUGAACUGGUCAAUGAAAAUAAUGACACCUCAGCAGAUGUAAGUUUGAGUGUUCAGAAACAAAAUGAAGUUCUCUCACCACCUGCUACUCGGAGACGGGGUAGGCCUCCUAAAAAUGUAAGUAAAAAAGAAGUUGAUGUUCCUGUCUCACCUGAGGAUUCGCCUGCUUAUAACUCUGAUCAAAAUAAUUCUGUUAGAAAAAGAGGCAGGCCCAAAAAAGUCAACCCAGAACUACAGAUAUCGGAUACAGAAUCAAAUGCUGGUAAAAAUAAUGAAAAUGUUACAAGUACAUCUGAAAAACUUAUACCUAAUUCAUUGACUCAGAAACGAGUGAAACGCAAAAGAUUACCGUCUAUAGAAAAAUCUGAGAAUGAUUUGAAUGAAAGUGUAUUGCAAGCUGAAGAUUGCGAUUUGAAUUUGGAUCAAAAUAUUACUAACCCUAACCAACCUAAUAAGAAGAGUCCUGGAAAACGAGGAAGACCUAAAAAAAGUGAAGCCAAUAAUGUGGAACAACAAAUAAAACCUACUUUAAUGGAUUUCGAAGGAGAUAAAGGUGACGAUGAUACUGAUGACAUCUGUUUGAGUAAAUUAAAAACAUCAAAAGAAGGUGAGGUAUCAGUUGUUAAUGAUGUAAAUAUCUGUGAAGAGUCUAAACAAUCUGCAGUUAGUGAAGUAAAUGAAAUACAAAUGGAAUUAGAAAUGACUGAAGGUAAUGGUAUAAUUUUUGAUGAAAGUCAGAAAACAAACUCUAAUAUAACUGACUUUGAACUUAAAAUAGAUACAAUCACAAGUGAGAAUACAGAGAACAAAGAAACAUCUGAAAUUUUACCACAAGAUAAUGCUGACACCAAUAAUUCUUUAUUAGUAGAAGAUACUUCUAAAAGACCAACACGUAGGAGGACCAGAAAACCAUUGCACUAUGAUGAAGAGUCUGAUGAAGAUCCUUUUGCUAAUGUUGAAUUAUCGGAUGAUGAACCUAUAGGGUGUAGCAAAAGAAAAAAUUAUUCUGAUGAUGAAUAUAUUCCUGGCAAGAACAGUAAUGGCAAAAGAACUGAAUCUUCAGAUUCUGAUAGUGAGAUUGAACUCGAUAACAUUAAAGAUGAGCUUAUAGAAAACAAAAGAAAAAGACCAUGUAAAAAAUCGGAAGGGUCACCCACUAAAGGUGCAAAAAAAGGAAGCAUAAAAUCUGUUCAAGAAAUAACAUCAAAUGCCGUCCCAGACAAUGUGGUACCAAAACCUGAGAGUGGAAUGGAUGAUGACAUUGAAGUUUGCUUAAAGCCAUCAAUCAUCAAAACUAAUGAUGAUAAGAAAAAUAAAGACAUAGAAAGCUUUUUGGCCAAGAAAAUUCAAGGCACAGACAUACAAAUAAAAAAGAAAUCGACAGUACAGCCUUUUGAAAUUCCUGUAAUAGAUCCAAAUGAAAGAAAAAAGACUACAGAAAACUUCACUCAAACGAAAAAAGUUGCUACUACAUCGGCUAGUGUUCAGACUGCAGUAGUGUAUGAUAUACCCAUGAAAGAAAAUGUAACACUGACAACUAAACAGUCGGAAAAAGCUUGUGAAUUCUUGAACAGUAUUGUCAAAACUACUGCUGAAUUAGGUGAAUUGAUGACUCAGAAAUCAGAAGACUUUAUAAAAAAGAAAAUAAACACAAGUCAUGUUACUGACACAUUCAAAAUGGACUAUUGUGUUAGAAAAUCAUUUCUUUUGUUCAAGUUAGCAAAGCAUAAUUUAAUGCAAAUGGAAGACGAUUUAGCAAAACAAUAUGAUGAUUUCCUGAAUGCACAUAACUUACAGAAGCAUAGGGAACAACCUAAAGUUCUGACUGCAGCUCCUAAAGAAGGUAGUGAUAGUGAUUGUGAAAUUAUCGAGACACCAGUGGUUCAGAAACCACAAAAGAAAAAGGCAGCUCCUGCAUUCAACCCAAAAACAGUGUUUCUUAAUAAAGAAUUAUCCAUCAAAAUUGCGAAAAAAACCCCUGCUAAAGAUACAAAACCUGACACUAAACAAAUUAAUAUCAAAGGCCGGCAUACAGUAUGGAUAAAUGAUUCGAUUAUGGUAAAAAAAGUUAAACCUACGCAGUCUUUUUUAGCCCAGGACAGCCGAAAUAAAAAACCACCUGAUUAUGUUACAAUUGAGAUGGUAAAUAGCUUUUUCAAGCAAUAUUUUCGUGAGCAAGCUAUAGCUGCAUGUGCUCCUUAUGUAUCGCCUCAAUGGCUGACACAAAGCCAAGAAAGUAUAUGUUGUUAUUUUUCUACCAAUGCUGAUGAUAUUUCAGCAACUACUGGAAUACCCAAUGCUAGUGGACAUUGCAUCACUGAGAGUAAUUCUUCUGAAUCAAACAGUGUCAUAUGUGACAGCACCACGGAAAGUCAUGAAAAGUUUAGUCCCAAGAGUUUGUUCACUCUUUGCACUCAAGUUUUACAAAGCCAUCUUCAUAAUGCCAAGUCCAGUGUCAAUAAAACAAGUGUCUUGGAAUCUCCAACUUCCAAAAUAUCUGAAUUUAAUCCUCAUACUUUAUAUGGAUUGUGUAUCAAUAUUAUUAAUAUUGCUAAUGUCGCACGAGAAGAAAAUUCUAAAGAUCUAAUUGACGAACAAAGUAUUUAUGAAGCUGAAAGUGCAUCAAUGUCAUUAGACAAAGCUAUUGAUUACGAAUAUGCCGAUUGUGAAUCAUCAUCAUCUUUGUUAGAUAAAGGUGAAUUUGAAGAGGCCGAUUGGGAGUACCCUCUUACCCCAAAUGUAACCGUAUUAGAUCAAGAUGAGAGUUACAAACUUACUGAAUCAGUACCAAAAUUAAAGACAUUAUGUCACCAACAAAUAUUAAAACAGAUGUUUUCUGAUAGUUUUACUGUUAAAGAGAAAAUACCUGCUUGCACAAAAAUUUCUGAUUGUGGUAAAUAUUCAUUCAAUCUAAACAAUGAGGAUAAACUUCAAACAAUUAUAUUAGAUGAGCAAUAUUUGAAGUUUGAGUAUAAAAAUGGUGUCAAGUCACUAUUUUCCAUAUGCUUUGAUUUGCUCCGGUCACAUAUGAGUUCAGAUGAUAAACUAUCUAAACAAAUUGCACAAGCUACUGCUAAAAAAGCGAUGUUUAUGCCAAGAUCUUUAAAAUGUCUCACAUUUAAGUGUAUUGUUGAUUUAAUAUACAACAAUAAAGCUAGCCAAGUUAUGAAAGGUAUAAUAUUACCUAACAAGGUGAAAACAUUAUCUGAUCUCUGUUUUGACAUAGUCACAAAAGUUUUUUCUGGUAAUACUAAUGAGGAGCUCAAUCAUAAAGGUCUGACCAUAAAUUCAAUCAACACACUCACAGAAGAAGCUUUUCAUAACAUUGAUGAGUCAGAAUUGGCAGAGGAUUAUUAUGAGGAUGAUAACAGUAACUUUUAUGAUGAUGAAACAGAAAGUGAAUUUACAAACAAUUUGGAAAAUGAAUCCAAUGUUGAUAAUAAAUGGCUAUCGCAAGUCCAAAUGAAAGUGUUGAGAUCUUGUUAUACUCCUGUUCUGCCACCAGAGACAGAUAGUAAUGCACAAGAAGAACAACUCUCAAAUGAUUUAGUCGAAGCUCAACCCCUCGUAACUCGGAUUAAAACGGAGCCAUUGGAUGAAUUUCAAGAUCACAUAGAUACUUCAGUUGUUGUCAAAUCUGAACCUUUGGGGCAUAGUCCAGAUGAAAUGACUAUAAUACCAGAAAACGUGGUUACCAAAACUGAAUAUUUAGAUGCUCCUAAUACUUCACCUCGUACAUCGCGUGUUCCGCAAAGACAAAAUAGCAAUAGUUAUGAUGUUGAUACAUUUGAAGCUUUCGUGUCUUCGAAUAAAAUGAUGCAUAGCCUUAAUGAAACAUACUCAAAUGACGAAGGCGAAAUAUACAGUCAGAGUGCUUCAAGAAUUCGUAGACAAUUUGAGCCUGAUGACCUGUCUGAAAAUGAUAUGGGUAUGAGCUUAUUAGUCCCCCAAACCUUCGAGCCAUUGCACAUCGAAAAUAAUGCAAAAAACUGCCUUAUGGAAAGCAGUUCAGAUGAGAGUACUAAUAGUAAAAAAGUAACUGGAAAAAAGAAACCAGAAAAACGAUCUCGUACUAGACCUAAAAAGAAUGAUAAUAAACCUGGACCAAAUAAGGGACCAAUUAUUGUACCACCGAAAGAGAAGGCUCAACCUACAAAUGAAAUAGCAAUCCUAACUCGAAGAAUGCGUGACAAGAUUAGACAAGAAGAGAAAAAAGUUGUUUCAUCUGAGUCUGAAAAUGAGAAUGAAAACAUACUAUCGAUAAAAGACAAAAUAAAGCAAAAAGAAGAAAAAAAUAAAUCCAAGCACUCCAAAACUACUGAGAAAGUAAAAGAUGUUCCGACUCCUGAUGAAAGUCAGAAUACAAAAACUAAUGAUGAAAUACAGUGCAGUAAUGUUGAUUCAACAGAACAAAUAAGUGAAGUAAGAAAUGCAAGUCCCAGUAUUAGUAAUUUCUCUGGAUUCAGUGCAGUAGAUCAAAACGAAAUAUCAUCAUACCAUAAGUAUGUAAAAUAUGUGUAUGAUCAAAUUUUACCCAAAGUGGAUCAAACAGAAUCACAGACGAAUCAAGGUGAACCUAUAAUAAAUCCUGAAGAACCAGUCGAGUUGUUGGAAUGUGAACCCACAAUGCCUUUCUUCUCAGAGCCGCCGCCAGGUUUAAAACGACGACCAGGCCCGAAAACCAAGACGCAAAACAUAACAUCCGGUAAAGAAAUCCUACAAAAAGACGCCAAAGAAAUUAAACCCAAUGACGACAAAUGCAUAGAGCGUCAUGGAUGGAAGUGUUACCCGCUAGACAGUAGUGAUACGAAGUUAUAUCAAAAUGCACAAAUAGUUUUGGAAAAACUGCCAGAAUCCUUUGUGCAAACCUACUUCACGUAUCAAGAUAUAGCUUCCAAGAACGAAGAGGAUGAUGAAGUCGACAGGUUGAUCAAUCUACAGACCCUAAACAGGCUAAGUACUAAGGAAGGUAAACUCAGUAAAGGGAAAUCGAAGGGUAAAAUUCUUGACAAGAGUUCGGAGCCAGGCUGCAGUAGUAACCUUGAUUCAGGGAUGAUGUCGCCCACAUUUUCUGACGCCGCAGAUGAAUUGACGCCUUCGGAGGACGAAGGUGAUCGUGUAGAUGACGAAGUUCCUUCGGUCUCCAAACCGACAUCAGAUAAUCAUUUGGCGAAAAGUUCACUCAUGGAUGAUGAAGAUAGUGAUGGAAAUGAAUCUGGUAUACCCAAAAUUAAAGGCGAACCGUUGGAUGAGCAUGAUAACCUUGAAAGGUCUAAAUCUAAAAAGUCAAAGUCUAAAACCAAGGCAGGUGAAGAAGUCCCAACUGGUCCUGUGAUGCUGACAGCAGAUAAAAUGAUGAAUAAAGAACUGAAUCUCUUGCAUGCUCCUAUUAAUUUGGACAACAAUGUUGAGCCUGCACCUUCUAAAAGUCGCCCUUCCAGGAAUAAACAGAAAAGCUCCAGCAAAACAAGUUCAAAAGAACAUAAUAAAGAUGACGAUGAAUCGUCUUCUGAAGAAGAAAAACACCAAUGGUUUACCAUCAAGGAAAAGCUGCUCAAGAGGAUGGUGAAGAAAAGUGAUACUACUCGAGAAGACGACGCGAAACGCGCGAAGCUGGUAAGCGAGUUCAUCACGCGCCGCGGAGACAGUUCCGAAGCGUACAUCAAGAGGCGCGGCGGCCGCGGCCGGCGCGUUUCCAAGAAGAAGAUGCUGGAGCGACAGAAACAGUUGAAAGUGCUAACGCGAGAGCUGUUUGGGGAUCCGUCGAACGAUGCGUCCCUUCAUCCCAAGCGGCAACAAGCCGCUUAUUUCAAAGGCAGGCGGAAUAUCAGAAAAGUUAUUGACAAGAAAUCUCUAGCAAGAAGUACUGUUGUGGCUAACAUGGAAGAAUUCGAACGCAAACGCAGAAUAAACAUCAGGCAAAACAAAUUGAGGGACAUCAUGCAAUGCGAGGACGGCGUGAACGUGCUCGUCAUAAACGACGAGGUGUGUCUCGAGUACGACUUCGAGGCCAACCGCCCUGUCGUCACCAUACAUCCGUUCUUCACCAAGGUCAUGAAGGCGCAUCAGUACGAGGGCGUGAAGUUCAUGUGGGACGCGUGCUUCGAGAGCCUGGAGGCGAUCGCGGCGGGCUCGGCGGGCGGCGGCUGCAUCCUGGCGCACUGCAUGGGGCUCGGCAAGACGCUGCAGGUGCUGGCGCUGCUGCACACGGUACUGACGCACCCACGCGUGGGCAUGCAGCGCGUGCUAGUUUGCUGCCCACUGUCCACCGUGCUCAACUGGGUGGACGAGAUACACAAGUGGAUCGGGCCCGUCACCAACCAGAUCAAGCCAGCGAAAUUGCGGAGGAAACUUCAGGUGUUCGAGUUAUCGAAACUGAAGAAAACCUCCAACCGCGCGUACCAAUUAGAAGACUGGUAUAACGGCGGCGGGAUCUUCAUCAUUGGCUACGAGCUGUUCCGGAGUCUUACCACCUUGGACCCUUUCCUGGACGACGUGCGGCCCGCCAUCGUCAACAAGAUACGGACGGCUUUGUUAGACCCAGGUCCGGACAUAAUAAUCUGCGACGAGGGCCAUCUCCUCAAGAACGACUGUUCGGUGCUGGCAGUGGCUAUGAGCCGCGUGGUCACCAAGCGCCGCAUCGUGCUAACUGGCACUCCCAUGCAGAACAACCUUCGCGAAUACUACUGCAUGGUCAACUUCGUCAAGCCGAACUUAUUGGGGACUUACUCGGAGUAUUCUAAUAGAUUCGAGAACCCAAUCAUGAACGGCCAGCACAGAGAUUCCAGAGAAGAGGACAUCAAACUGAUGAAAGCUCGUACUCACAUCCUGCACAAAGUUCUCGAAGGCUGCCUCCAAAGGCAGGAGGCUUCGGUCCUCUACCCUUACUUGCCGAAGAAACACGAGUACACAGUGUUCAUAUCUCUCACCAAAUGCCAGUGGGAUCUAUACAAGCACUACCUGAAAAACUACAGCAAUACGCAGAAUAACAAGAGUAUACUCAAGGACUUUCAUAUACUGCAGAAGAUAUGGUCGCAUCCUCAGGUGCUGCAUAACUUCCAGAAUAGGACGGGGGAGACUACGAGAAAUAAAGUCAAAGAAGAAAAAUGCGAAGACGACCUGGCCAGCGAAGACUUACACGCGAGCGAGGACAUAAAACCCCCGGAUACAGAGAUCUGGUGGCUGCAGUACCUAGAAGAAGGCGCCAUGCUCGACUCGCUGGCUAGCUCCAACAAGUUCGUGGCUGUGUUCCGCAUCCUCGAAGAGAGUAUCGCGCUGCAGGACAAAGUGCUGAUAUUCUCGACGUCGCUGUUCACAAUGGAUGUACUCGAGUAUUUCCUGAAGAAGAUCAACAAGUGGAGCCUCGGGCAGGAGUACUACCGGCUGGACGGCUCCGUGCCGGCCGAGGUGCGCCAGAAGUGGUGUCGCGAGUUCAACGCCGAGCACAACCAUAAGACCAAAUUGUUCCUAAUAUCGACGCGCGCAGGCUCGCUCGGGUUGAACAUGACAGCAGCCAACCGCGUCAUCAUCCUCGACACGUCAUGGAACCCUGCGCACGACAUACAGAGCAUAUUCCGCGUGUACCGCUUCGGGCAGAAGAAGGAUUGCUACAUUUACCGUCUAGUGGCGAUGGGCACAAUGGAACAAAAGAUCUACGAGCGGUCGGUGACGAAGCAAGCGGUGGCUUGCAGAGUCGUCGAUGAGCAGUUGAUUGACCGUCACUACAACAUGGCUGAACUCACCGAACUUUACAAGUACGACGAGACCGGCGUGGGCGUGGCGGGCGGCGUGGCGGUCGGCGUGGAGGACGUGGUCCUACUGCGGGUAGCACGUGACGCGGCGUUGCACGCGGUGCACGAGCACGACUCGCUGCUGCGCGGCUCGCUCGAGCAGGGGCUGCCCGAGCACGAGCGCGACGCCGCCUGGGUGCAGUUCCAGGAGGAGCACGCGCGCAAGCAGGAAAUGCAGCAGCUGGAACCGAAACCGCAACCCGUGACAAUCAAGAAAGUGAAGGUCAAAGUGCCCACCUCCAUCGCCGAGUGCACCAAGACCGAACCAAGCGGAAUCAAAACCGAAACCGACGAGAGCAUCCUCCCGAACGACCCCGAGUUUCUGCCCGAGACGAGCCGACCCAAGGCCAAGGGCAAGAAGGGCCGCCCGACCAAGAACAGCGUCGUCAACUGCUGCAUCCCGAUACAACCCGAGGCGCCCGAGCCGGAGCAGACGCUCGACGAGUCCAUGGUGCAGAAGAUCACGCACAUCCUGAUCGAGCACAACUACCAGAACAACCAGGGCCCGCGCGAGAUCGCCGACCUCGUGGCGCGCGUGCGCACGCUCGUGCACGGCGGCCACUUCGACCAGCUCGACGAAGGCGACCAGCUCACCAUGAGCAUCGCGCGCGUGUUGUUAGGCCGCGAGCCCGCCGCGCCCAUGCCGCCGCUCACGGACAUAAACGAACCUGAAUCUCAGAGCCUCGGCGAAACGAGCGCAGUCAAACAGGAGAAUAUCGAACCGCCCCGCCCGAGAGGCAAGGGCCGGCCGCGCAAGGGCAAGUCGCCCGAGAAGAUGAGGAAAGGCUACGUGUACGAGGAGGUGCCGUCGACGUCCGCGCAGCCGGAGCCUCAGCCCGAGACUGACGGCCGCACGCGCCGCCGCGCCGCGCUCGCCGCCGAAAAGAACUUCGACUCGGCGGGCGUCGCCGUCAUCGACAUCGACGACGACGACUGGCGCGACGACGAGUUCUUCCCCGAGGUGCCGAUACGAAACGCUCCGAACGACGAGGGCUCCAACGACUUGACGUACUCGAGCGAGACCUUCCCGUACAGUGAAAACGAGGCUAACGCUCGCCCUCCCCCUCCCCCUCAAUCAAAAUUCAACACGCUCGAGCACACGGCGAGCAUUCUCGACAAAUUUAACAUCAAACAGGAUCGGGACGCUUACGAUCCGCCUGCAACCAAAAGCGCCGCAAACUCGAAGUCUAAAAAGAAGGGCACUCCGAUGUACACAGAUUUGCAGACUUUAAAUCUGGACGAGCAGUCGAGUAUAGUGCUGAGCGACGACGAGGACAGUGCACCAUUAGCGAGCGCGCCGAAGAGAAAGCCUGGGCCGGCCCGUAGGAAAACUGCCUCUGUGGAAUCUCCGGCGGCUUCUACCUCUAAAGACGCGGACAAGGGGUCGGUGCCGCUUCACCCGUCGUUGCUGAGCAACAAGAACUUCAUAAAGAUCGUGGCGCACACCUACUUGUCGGGCAACCCUAUGCUGGAUGAGGACGCGGCGACCCUGGCCGCGCAGUACAGCACCUUCAAGGCGUUGAAGGAGUAUGAGGCCAACGAGAGGAGCAUCGACAGCGGACCCAUUUAUGACAUAGCUGUGAAGGUUCUCGGAGUCGAGGUAUUGAGGAAGCUACACAAAAGCAACCUGAAGAUGUCCACGAGCGAAAUGCUGGCGCAGCACCCUAUCAGCUCGCAGGAGACCGCGGCCGCUAAGGACACCUCCGCCAACUCCGCCUUGAAAUUGGCCUUUAACGCCGACAAGAAGAUUCCCACGCCUGUGACUAAGUCCAAACCUGGACCUGCUUCAGCGAAAAAACUCAUCUCCAUACAAAAUACAGCCGCAGAGUCGACGACUGCGUCCAGUCAACCUGUGGAAACGAACGUGACAGCCAAGAGACCGCCCGUGAAGAUCAAGGUCAAACUGCGACCUGGUAGAUUUAACCCUGACGCCCUCUGCUCGCCGGUACCGGUGCCUGCGGUGCCGGCAGUGCCUACUGGAAACGUGGUGCCAGUAGGAUUAUUCCAAAGAGCCGCAGAAGUGCCGUCCGGUGAAACGCCUACAGCGGACGAGUGCAUACUCCCCGACGACGACGACAUCCGCAUCGUCACCGACCCGGUCCUGGCCCCUGCCCCGGUGCAUUUGGCCCCGGCCCCCGCGCCGGUGCAUUUGUCCCCGGCCGGCCUGGGCCUCCAACCGCUGCCUGCCGCGCCCGGCCGCCGCCAGACCAUCGUGGUGAAGUCCCUCGACCGCCACGCCUUCCCGCUCACCACCGUGUACGCCUCGCAGCCCGCCGCGCCCGACCUCGCCGGGCCCAUCUCCCUCGACAGCGACGACGAGGACCGGGCCCCAGCGGCCCCCCGCCGGGCCCCCGUGCCCGUGGGCCUCACCGCCGUCCCCCCCGCGAGCGUUCCCCCGCAAAUCCGCUCCGCCUGCCGGCCUCGAGUUCUCCGGCGAGUCCCCGCUGGCUCUGUCCUGUUGAACUCCACGCUGAACACGGAAAGCGGCCCGAGCGACGCGCUGCCGAAGGGCGCGCAGUUCGUCCUGGUACCGGCGUCCAACUUCGCGCAGCCGCCGCCCGUGGUGCCGGUGGCGCUCAGCAAGGUGCACUACAACGCGCAGGGCGCGCCGCAGCCCAACAUCACGAGUCUCGAGGCGCCGAUCGUGAUUUCGGACGACAUCUUGAACUCGGCCAGUGUUUCGACAGCGGUCGUCGAGCAGCCGCCGGUCGAGGCCCCCGUCCCGGAUCCCAGGUCCGAGGUCGUCACAAAGAAACCGCUGAAACGAAAAUGCAGACCGGGCGACAUAUUGCGUAUAACCGAGGGCGGAGAAAUCGAAGUGUUGAACAGGAAAGACUUGACCUCUCUGCCGACGGUCGCUCUGCAACCGCCGCCCUCUGCCGGCAAGGUAUCUCCCGCCCCUAGCAAAGCGUCGCCGGCUAGCAAGGCGCCACCGGCCCCGAGCAAAGCACUGCCAGCCCCGAGCAAAGCCCCACCCGCCGCCCCCGUGCAGAACAGAACGCUCCGGGGCAGCAGCCAGUUGCCGAAACAUCCACCCGAAACGAAAGUCCCACCCGCGAAAGACAUUUCGAGGGGCAUCACCAGAUCUCCGAGCCCGAGUGACAUAUUCAAGAACGUCGUCCACAUAGAGGCCUGCGACUACGCGUCCCGACAGGCCGCCGACACCGACGCGCCAGCCAACCGGAAGGUUAUCACCAUCAAUAUACCCGCGAAUGAGAGAAAUCGGAAGACCGAGAAAGUUACGAUUGCGGCGAAGGCGUCUGCGUCCAUUGUGAAACCGCCCGUGUCGAACUCGAAAGCGACUCCACAGAAGUCUAAAGCCAAAGAUAAAAUCCUGGAUUCUGUGGAUUUGACAGACGUCGAUUUUCCGCCUGUAUCUAUAAAAAAACCGGAAGAGAUAAGCAAGAAGAAGACGACGCCGUCGAAACCGACCACAGUGGUCGGUACGUCGAAGAGCAUUAUAUUAUGCUCCACCGGUAAAGCGAUUUCCAAGGCUGCAGUAACCCCCAAACCGACCACCACUGCAAAGCCAGCUCAAAAAGCGGCCGAAAAAUCAAAUCCAGCGCCAAAGCAAGAACUUAAGAAGAGACCUGCGCCUGUUGAUAACAGUUUGGCGAAAAAGAAAAAGACUGACAAGCCAAUGACGUUGAAGGACUUCAACCUGGACGACAUCGAUGACAUCAUAGAGCUGGACUAACUCGAGUCAGCGCGUGUUUUGUGAACCGUGAUGAUUUUCAGAAUUAUGUGUAAGAAGUGAUACUAUUAAUUUACUUUUAUAACGAAUGAAACACUUUAUUUUAAGUACAGAUUGUGUUGAUCAACAUGAUUGAUUGUUUUGGAUUGUGAUAGUGUGGAUGAUUGUUUUUAAACUACGAGUUAUUAUUUGCCUGAACAUUGGAAUUUAUGGUUUUAUAAAUGUUUAUAGCAGAGUGAUUGACAUUAUUAAAUAAUAUAGAAAAUAUUUAGGUGUUGCGUAUGCGACACAGUAGAUAUAAGUUUUUCUUCGACAUAGGUGUUAAAUGUAAAUGUGUAAUACCUUCAAUAACAUUAUAGGCAACUUAUGUAAGCUCUGUCAGUCGCUGUGUAAAGUGCUAUAAUAGCAACAGUGAAGUGUUUUUGUGCAUUACACUACGAAUCUUGCAGGGGUUUGAGAAGUCCAUUUGAAACGAAAUAUGUUGUAAAAACUAAUUUGUUUUCUUUGUUUAAAGUCAAUAUGGUAACAUGGUAAAUUUGAAUUACAAUUAUCAUAAUAACCUGACACUUUUAUUUCAUCUAAUCGUGCUGAUAUCACAAUUAAUUUAAAAUUGUUUAUUUUAAGUUACUAUCGUAAUAGAUCUGCUUUCACUGUGCAACAGAAAGUGUGAUACUAAAAACUAUGAUGGUGUAACUAUUGAGCAACAUUUUUUCAUUUUAUGUCUCUUUUUUGUGCCACCUUAAAUGUCGAUUGAAACAAGACGAUAUUUGACCAUUUAUGGAAUAAUAUAGUCGUCUCCCCUGAGAAAUUCAACAGUAUUGUAAACAAUAGCAUCACAUUUUGUUGUCUAUUUGUAAUGCAGAUUACGAGAUUUGUUUGUAUUUUAUAUGUCAAAAGUAAACGUAAUAAAAGUUACAUAAUUUUCCUAUUAUUGUAAUUUUAAAUAAAACUAUUGAUUACUGUAACUGUAUAUUCUCUUACAAUUACAACAAAAUAUAUUAACAUUUAUCUAUGAUGAAUAUAACUUAAAUAAAAUAUUAAAGCUUCUACAUAAACAAUUCAAAAACGUAAUUUCGUAGCAAACCGAUGGAACGAACCAUGACGAUGACUGACCAGUCGUUUAUAUCACUUUUAAACUUAAAAAUAUCUUUGUUAAAUAAAAUAAAUGCUAAAAUAAUAACAAAGGUUACAGAUGCAUAUUUGUUCAUACUAUUUACUAAAAAUGAUAUACAAUACAAAUCUAGUCAUUUUGUAAAGAUCCACUAUAUUGUACUGCAAUACAUUACUUUAUGUACAAUUUACAACGACCUAAAAUAAUCCAUAAAAGUAAACCUUAUUUUUGGCUUAAUUUAAAAAGUAUAGAACCAAUAUCUUAAUGACUAUAAUACAGUGAUUAAACCGCAAAGCAAAUUACUUAAAAUGUAAUAGAAUCUGAAAAAGAGAUCUUUACAUAUUUAAUGCUACAAUUUAGUAAAUAUUAAUCUUCAUAAUAGGUUAUAAAAUAGAGGUGUU